GUAACAGCCUAUCUGUAAGUCUGUAUGUUGUUCAGGUUAUGCAUUUGCGGUUAUCCAGCCUUACUGUUUUACUGGGCGAUUUUUUAAUAUUUUGAUUUUUUUUUUUGAAAGAUGAUUGAGGUGACCUGCAAUGACCGUCUUGGGAAGAAGGUGCGUGUAAAAUGCAACCCGGACGACACUAUAGGUGACCUCAAGAAGCUUAUAGCCGCCCAGACCGGCACUCGGUGGGAUAAGAUUGUACUCAAAAAGUGGUACAACAUCUUCAAGGACCACAUCAAACUUGAGGACUACGAAAUUCACGAUGGCAUGAAUUUGGAACUCUACUACCAAUAAACGGCUACUACCCAGUUGGGCCAUGAUUGACAGUGACAUAUUUUCCUCAUUCACCAUGAUAUAUUCAUAAUUAUAAUCAGGCCUGAUUUGUCAUUGGCUUAUGUUUUUUCACCAUUUUAAAUUAUUUGAUUAUUUUUCUAAUGUAAUGUGAUAGGUGUUGAAUUGUAAAUAAAUAAA